CUGACAGUAAAGUCAGACGUGUAUCUCUGCGUCAAACGGGAAGUUUAGUACAAAACACAUCAGUAGUGGUAUGACUGCUCGCUUGAUCGCGGCGUGUUACUGUGUGAUAAUUUACUAAUGAAUUCAAAAGAGGAUGGCAUCCGAUUUAAUGUUAGACUUCGAAAAUCAUCGGCAAUAUCCUAUGAUGGAUAGCGAGACAGGCAUCAUCUCCAUCGAUCAGGGGGGAGAGUGGGACAUAAGCCUGUUUGAUGAGCUGGACAAACUGGGUGAUGAGCUUGGCGAUGCAGAUGAGUUGCUUGAGGCUCUUGAGAAUGCUGGUUAUGACAACAGGGGUCCAGAUCUGGACUUUGACAUUGACAUUCCUCCAUGGAACGAAAUGGAUACAAGUAGCAUUUCCACAGAUGGUGAGGUGAGUGUGGACUCUCUGUCACCUGCCCACACUCUGAGCUCGGUGCCCUCUCCUGCCUCGGUGGAAGCUUUGUCUCCAUGCUCCUUGCAAGAUGAGGCCCUGUCUCCACAAUCGCAGCCGUCUCCCCUUUCAGUCUGCUCAGAAUUCAGUGGCUUUUCUGAAAUCUCUCCCCCACCCAAGAAAGCUGCAAAGAGGACCAAUCAGGCGACACGAGCCAAGCCAGCUCAGCCAAUCAAGAAGCCAAUUCAGAUUGGCCCAAAGGUUUCCAUCCAGCCCAAACCACUGAUUACAGCUGUGCCAUUGGCUCAAGCAGCAGCUCCCUUGCAGGCCAAGACAAUCAUCAUCCAGCCCCUGCAGACCACUGUUCUGCCUGUGGUAAAACCAGCUCCAGUCAGCAUCAAACCAGCACCCCCUGCAGGUCAUCCUAUUGUGCUAUCUCAGCCGAGCCAACUACUGCAGAUCCAGACGCCACAGGCCAUCUCCGGCAGUGUGGUCACUGUGCCAGCGCUCAGCCAGGACUGGUCUGUACCCGUACCCGUCGCUGCCCCGCCAGUGGUCUCAGGCACAUUUCUGACGCCGUCCUCAGAGGAUGAUUCAAAGUUGUCCCAGAGGCAGCAGCGCAUGAUAAAAAACCGUGAGUCAGCAUCCCUGUCUCGGAAAAAGAAGAAAGAAUAUUUGCUCUCGCUGGAAGCUCGUCUGAAGCUGGCGUUGUCUGAAAAUGAAGCACUCAAGAGUGAGAACGGCAACCUCAAGAAACAGCUGGAGGGCCUGCUGAGUGAGAAUACAGUGCUGAAAGCAACAGCACCCAAAAGGAGAGCAGUGUGCCUCAUGGUGGUCUUGGUGUUCCUCGUUCUUAAUGUUGGACCAAUGAGUUUGUUUCAGGAUGGCCAAGGGUCUGCGCUUGAGGUUGCUUCCAUGCAGCACAGUGGCAGACACCUGCUGGGUUUCUUACCAGAGGCAGAAAAUUACAUCCCGAUGGGUCCCGAGACUCUGGGCAGCAGGCUGUCUGAGAUGGGCGACAGAUCUGAAGAUAAGGCCCUGAUGGUGGUAAAGGAUCCCGUCUUUCUCAGACCACCUCCCCCCUGCCAGCCUUCUGUUAAUAGGACCAAAUGCAUUGAGUUGGCCCAUGAGUUGAGGGGUUGGGUCCACCGUCAUGAAGUUCAACAGACCAAAUCAAGGCGAAUGACUAACAGCAACCACAAACCCCACAGGACCAUUCUGAAAACAGGGAAUAAGGAGGAUGAAAGUGCCCAGAUUAUGACAGUUCAAUACACAGAAACUACUGAGGAAAAGAAUCCUGGCAGUGAGCUGCAGGUGUACUACGCACCUCGUCACACCUACACUGACUUCUUUGAUGAGCUGAACCGUCGUGGCGACACUUUCUAUGUUGUGUCUUUCCGUAGGGAUCAUCUCCUACUUCCCGCCACCAGCCACAAUAAAGGAAGUCCACCCAAGAUGUCUGUUGUGUUGCCAGCCAUGAACAUAAAUGACAGCGUUAUAAGGGACCAAGAGUUCGAGGUGAUGAUGCAGAUUGACUGUGAAGUGACUGACACCAGGAUCCUCCACAUCAGGUCUUCGAGUAUCCCACCUCUGCUCCGGGUGAACCGCACGGACACGUUUUACCGGAACUCCCCAGCAGACAACAAGGCCGCGCCUCCAGUCGGUGUGCUGAUGGGGUCUGCGUAAGAUCGUCAGCAACACCUGUGUUCUUUGCAACUCCGUAAUUUCCCUAUUGUGGGAUCAAUAAAGUAUCAUCAAAUUAACAAAACCAACAAAGGAAAGCACAAAAUAAGACCUCAGUUAACACUUUUUGGUUGAUGGAAAAAACAUUUCAGUGUGCAACAGCUGACUUUUUUUUUUUUUUUUUUUUUUUGGUCAGAAAACCGGUCGUUGCAGAUUACAAAAGAAGCUCAAUUUGUCCUCUUCAUUCAGCCACAUUCCGGCUGAUGUCCGGAGGUAGUCUGUAAUAGGGUCUGAGCAGCAGCAGACUAGCUCCUUGUGUGGCAACAUUGACUUCUCCAUGUAACCCCGGAUGCUUUAUGUAAGGGUAAUUGUUUAGCGGCAGGGGGCAAAGCAUUGAACCUUGAGUCACCCCAUCAUAACACAAAUACUUUUACCCCUUACAGCUAUUUUUCAGUCUGUUCUUUUUUUUUUUUGCUGCCCAAGCUGCAAGGGCUUGUGUGUG